AUGUCUCCAUUUCAGCAGAUGCUGCAAAGGCCUACCAUUGCGGUUGAAAAGUGCACAACUCACAACUCACAAAUCAAAUCCAUCGUGUCGGCUCUGCCGUCUCAGAUGGAAGGAAUUGUAACAGUCGGGACCGUCAAACCUGAACGGCUCAUGCCCGUCACCAUCAAUGCCAGCGACGCAACGGCAACAGCGCAGGAGACCACGGGCCUGACGUCUGUGAGAAGCCCGAUAGUUCGAGAUGCCGUCAACACCAGUCCCGCGUCGAGGUCACCGCCAAUUUGGUCACCAGGCCCUGUCUCUCCGGCGAUGCAGCAUCUCGGCGGCGGCGGCGUGCAAAUCACCACGCGCACCGACCUCUCGCUCCUGUACUCUGGAGGUGACGUGUCGAAGAAUUCGUCGACCCUGGGCAUUUCCAAAUUAGAAACGAGUUCAUUCGCCAUCGAGGUGGAAUUGUGCCAAAUUCUUACCGUUCGGUCUUCAGAACAGCUCGCCAACAAGCGGCAGUGGUCCGCGAAUUCGCCCAGAGAUUCCUACCCUUCCCAUUCGUAUGCCACUGGCACUCUUGUGUCUGCAUUCUGGCGCCUAACGUCGUCGGCCAUCAUCGUGUAA